AUUCAGACACACACAAACUUCCUUUUUCUUGGUUUUGUUAAUAGAAUUAUAUUGUAAUUUUAAGAUGUAUAUUUAGGUUUACAUUUUUAUGAUUAUAACUGAAUUAUAGAGUGACAUAUGAUCACAUUUCUUACAACAAAAUUUUUUUCUUCUCUGGAAUAAGUAAUUGUUUUCUUGUUAGCUUAGUUUUUCUGUCUUACCUUUCUCUAGAGUACAAAUUACAUUUCAAAACCAAGUUUUUCCUUUUCCCUUUGAGUCUUUCCUUUAAGUAUCCUCCAUCCCCUUGAUCCAGCCUAGACUCAGGAUACUGUAGGACCGUUCACAGUUGUCAAUCUUCACCAUUAUUCAAGGAAUUCCCUCUUCCUUCACAGCCUGCACCCUCUCAUGCAUUGUAUCACUAUGUUUUAGCUCAUAUGUUGGGGCCCAUAUUUCUCUAUUUUUGGUUCAUUUCUUCAUCUUGGUGUGCUUAGCUUCCAGUAGCUAACUGUGAAUAGGUUAAUGGGAGGUAAAUCUUUUGAGGUCUUAAAUAAUCUUUUCUAUUUUUAUAAAUUUUUUAUUUAUUUUGGGGUAAAAUUCUGGAUUGGAGUAAUUUGACAGGAAGUCUCCCUAAACAAAUCCCAGGCCUAUACAUAGGACCUUUAAUCACUUUUUGAAGCCUCAUUCUUAAACCAAAAUGAAUUUUGUGAUCUGGGUACAGUGUUAUAUAAGCUAUCACUAACAGACAUAAUAAACAGAAGUUCACUGGAGUUUCAUUGUGUUUAGUAUGUAGCCUUUCAUUUUAUCUCCCACUUUCUGCACAGUCCCCACGCCAGCUAUGCCUAGAUCCAAAGGUUUAACUCCAACAGAAUAUUACUCCAGUAUUCUGCUGGGUAAGGGAAGUGAAUGGACAGAUUGGGAAAAAGGUUCAGGAAUCUAAUCAUUCUUUAUACAGAUUUUCAAUCAAUAAUUCUUAAAAAAACUCCUAUCUUACUUAGAAAAGUAGCAAAUACCUUUAAUUCUUGAGACUAUCUGGGUUCUGCAGUGAAAAUUAUCUGAUUCUUGUUUUCACUUUGAAGCUAUUUUAUUCCAUCUGCUUAGUCAAUAGGCGUCCAUCAGCUUUCAAAAUAUUACCACUUCUCUGCUAUUAUCUUCUUCUGCUUUUUGUAUUUAUGAUGUUUUUUUAUUAUUUUACUGACAUUUUAGCAAGGUAUUUAGAGGACACUGCAGUAAAUUAAAAAGCAUUUAAUUUGAUGUGUCUAAUCCAAAAACUCAGGGAAAACAUUUAUAUAUAAUCCGUAUUUCUCUUUGUCUCUAUUAGGUGAGGUUACAUUCUACACGAGCCUGCCUCAGGGAGGAUGGCUAGCUUCAACCACACCAGUGUUAACCAUAUAGUCUUCUAUCUGCUGGGCAUUCCAGGCCUAGAAGACCUACACAUGUGGAUUUCCAUCCCUUUCCUCAUCUCCUACGUCUUUGCCCUCCUUGGAAAUGGCCUGCUCAUCUUCAUCAUCCUCAUCAAGGGCAGCCUCCAUGAGCCUAUGUAUCUUUUCCUCUGUAUGCUGGCUGGAGUGGACAUUGUCUUCGCCACCACUACAGAACCCAAGGCACUGGCCAUUUUCUGGUGCAACAGUAGGGAAAUCUCUCUUAAUAGCUGCAUUGCCCAGCUCUACUUCCAGCAUUCCUCCUUCAUCUCUGAGUCAGGCAUCUUGCUGACGAUGGCAUUUGACCGGUACAUUGCCAUAUGUUACCCCCUGAGGUACACCAUGAUACUCACCCACUCUCUGAUAGGGAAAAUUGGUGUGGCUGUUUUCUUGAGAGCACAUUGUACAAUUUUCCCCAUGAUAUUUCUUCUGAAGAGAUUGACUUUUUGUAGAAAUAAUAUCCUACCACACACAUUCUGUGAACACAUUGGCUUGGCCAAGUAUGCCUGUGAUGACAUCCAUGUAAACAUCUGGUAUGGAUUUUUUGUCUUAAUGUCAACAGUGAUUCUAGAUAUUGUCCUAAUUUUUGUUUCGUAUGUGCUGAUUCUCCAGGCUGUCUUCCAUAUCCCUUCCCAGGAUGCCCGCCACAAAGCCCUCAACACAUGUGGCUCCCAUGUCUGUGUCAUCCUCCUCUUUUAUGGGCCUGGGGUCUUCUCAGUCCUCACUCAGCGCUUUGGACGCCACAUCCCACUACAUGUCCACAUCCUUUUGGCCAAUGUCAGCAUGCUUGCUCCACCUAUGCUGAACCCCAUCAUUUAUGGGGUGAAGACAAAACAGAUACGAGACCAAGUGGUUUACGUGUUGUUUCCAAAGCAGAAAUGACUUUGGGGAUGGCAGAGACUGGUUUCUCAGAAGUUUUGGUCCUCCAUGAGAUAUGUUUUGGCAAUAGUAAACAAGAAAACUAGAAAUGAGUUAUUAGAAAUGAAUCAUUGAGUGUAUGGGCUCUGUAGCAACUUAUCUGAGACUGUGAAAGUUACCUCUGAGCAACAUAAAAGCAGAGCCUAUGGGUUGACUGAGAU